AUGGAAUUCACCAAUCCAAAAGUGAAUAAAAAACAGAAGUACAAACAAUAUAGUAUCUAAUUAGAAUGGUAUCUCUAAAGUCCCUUGCUGCUAUUCUCGUUGCCAUGUUUCUUGCCACCGGACCUACGGUUCUAGCCCAGCAGUGCAGAGACGAACUGAGCAAUGUGCAGGUGUGCGCGCCGCUGCUUCUGCCCGGUGCGGUCAAUCCUGCCGCGAACUCAAAUUGCUGCGCUGCCCUCCAAGCAACUAACAAAGAUUGUCUAUGUAACGCUCUUCGAGCAGCCACCACACUUACCUCUCUUUGUAACCUCCCCUCUUUUGAUUGUGGCAUAAGUGCCUAGUUGAACAACAUUCAGUUCCGAGGAUUUGGGGAGUUUGGUCUGCAAACGACAAGACGAAUAAAAUAAAAUAAUGAGAAAUACACUAUUUAGUGUUUUGUUUUGAAUUUGGUUUGUUCAAUACUUAUGACAGAUCUAUUGAAUAUCGUUUUCACCAUUAUUACGGAAUAUUUUCUAUAAUUGGCAUCAUUGUAGUCUUGCUUUU